GUGACGGAGUGAACUCCGUCUGUAGGCACACUCACAGCUGAAUGAAGUUCCCUCCAUUAAGGGUUAAGGGUAAAAAUACAGCGGCAAGCUUUGGGACGGCCUCCCCUCUCUCCGCAGGAAACGGAAACGGACGUCAUGGUGUCCAACUCACAUCUCCAUCUGUCGGCUGCAUUGACCUGCGUUGCUAUCCGUCGCCUGUUAGCGGGUGCAAUGGCAAGAUCCAACAGAAGGCGCAGAAGGUUGAGGCGCAUUUUAGCGAUGUGGCAGGGGGGCAAAGGUCUUUACAUGCAGCUCAAUGCCACUGCCCCAAUUCUCGCCGUGUAUGCCAACCCUGAAGCCUGUCUAAAGAAGGACUUUAGAGUUAAGCGCUCUAGUGUGGUGUAUUUAGUGCAGAUGCUUUCCUCCCCAAAGGACCACGGAUGGGGACAAGACAUCGAGGUGCUUGUUCUCCUCUACAGCUUGGCCCAUGGACUAUCACUCUCUGUGGUGGGUUCAGCAUUCAGGAUUCCCAAAUCGACGGUCCACAGGAUCAUCAAACACGUCACCGGGAAGAUAAAGGCCAACCUGAAGACCCUCAUUUCCCUGCCAACCCCAGAUGAGCUGCCAGAGAUUGCAGAUGGCUUCUGUCAGCUUGCAAAGAGUCCUGCAUUUCACCGUGCUGCUGGUGCGAUUGAUGGAUGCCAUAUUCGCAUCAAACCUCCAGGAAACGAGUACCACAAGGAGUACAUCAAUUACAAGCUGUUUCCUUCCAUCCAGAUGCAGGCCAUCUGUGACUCAACUGGGAGAUUCCUGGAUGUCUUCAUCGGCUAUCCAGGCUCCGUUCAUGAUGCCAGAGUACUGCGAAACAGCCCCAUCUUCUGCCAGGCACUGUUUCCCCCAGCUGGUUGGUUCCUCCUUGGGGACGGUGGUUAUCCCUGCCUGGAAAAACCAGUGGGAUUACUCACACCCUACAAGGUCCCUCGCGGCCAGGUGCAGGCCAGAUUCAACAGGCAUCAUGCCAGGGCUCGGUCUGUGGUGGAAAGAGCAUUUGGAAGGAUGAAGGCUCGCUGGAGGGCCACCCUUUUCAAAGCGCUGGAGGUCAGUCCAAGCUUUGCCCCUGACAUCAUUGCAUGUUGUGCAUUUCUGCACAAUCUGUGCAUAGACAUGAACGAUGUCCUUGAGGAUGCUGAAGCCUUCCCCCCUGAAGAUGGGGACCAGAGUCCUCCCCCUGCCGCAGCAUUUGGACAGGAAAGUCCUGGACAGCACCUAAGGAACAGGAUUGCUGCACAACUCUCUGUUCCUGUCCAAAUGGCACCACACCUGAGAGAGCACGAUUACAUCUAAUGAACUUUGUUUUUUUUUGGAAAAACGUGGUUGUCUGUUAACUUGUGUUUUUGAAAUGUGCACACAUACCUGAUUUAAUU